AUUGACAUAUGCGACUCCUGUGGUCAGUUCAUAGUUCAGGUAGGCGAGGUCAUGGAAAAUUGUACGUUUAACAAUGAGUCGUCUGCAACAUAUUCAGACGCCAGUUCGGUUGCCACGGAUACGAAUAAUUCAACUGUUUGGAAACGUCUUUAUAACUCGUAUCGUUAUUCGAGGACGAAACGUGAAGUAUCGAAAGCAACGAUGUACAGUGAUGAUUACGUCAGAGUUAACGUCACUAUCGAUCAAGAUAAGGAUGUCAUUAAAAAUUUCGAGAUUAGGGACAGUUUAUUGGUCAAUAUGGGGCUAUGGAGAACCCGGAUUUGCGUUCCCGACACUAUGGGUUGCGUACAGCUUUACCCAUCACAGGCCUCUGAAAUCUUCAGCAGGAUGCCAUCACUUCUGGCUCUGCAAGGUUCAUUAGAUAGCUGUCGUCUGCUACAACUGUUGUCUCUGACCGUGACUUUUCUGACCUUUGUGUUGCUAAGCAACACUCAGCUGCGCUCAGUACUACAGAGGUGGACUGCAAUUAUCCUACUUAACGCAUUUCUGGCCGGCUUUUUCUGCAUCGCAUCCGUGAUGUUGGCAAUAACGUCAUAUGCACUGUUCGUCCCAUUUAAUGACGUCAUAGUUCCAAGAUUUCCAUGGGCCAUUAUGUUUGCAACAAUCGCAGGCAUUGUACAAAUGUAUACGGUAUACUUGUCUUCGGAAUACAACAAACAGAAUAACCAAAUCUGGCGUAAAUGUGACGUGUUAUAUGUAUGACGUAACUUGAGCGCGUGACGUCUAUUUUAUGCAACCCAUCAACAAGAAGGAAGUACGCAGUAACGUUUGAAGUUACGCAAGAUAGCAAAGGACGUAACGAUAAGGGAUUUUCGUACGCACAAAAUCAAUACGCAUGAUCAAAAUACCAUCAAGUGUGACUUCGAGAUGAUUGCAACUCGCGCAUAAACAAUGGAAACGAGUGUUGCAAGUGAUUUUGGAGACUUCUUAUACAUGUAGAUCUACAAGUGACCGUCAUGAUGACAAUGACUUUGUUUGAUUGCGAGCUAUUUUAGAGACUUUAUGCAAAAUAUCUAUAUGAACAGAAAUCUGUGAUAUUUUCUCAUGCAAGAAAUGUUAAUUACACUUGUGCUCAAAACAUGACAAUGCAACUCAUUCUUAUUGCCGAUUAA